AACGCUCGCAACGUCGCGAACAUCAUUCUAUCUUUGUUGCUCGAGACGUUGUGAGCAUUAAGUGGACCAAACCAAUCAACCAAACGGUAUCGUGGACACGAAACGAAAAAACGCUUCUUAUUGCACCAGUUCAGCAGUGCAGCUGAAAAGAACGGACGAUUAUAGUGAUGAAGAAAAUAUAACCUUAAAUUUGUGAUAUAUCAUUUUGAAGGAAUUAUAUAAAAAAGCUUGUAGACAACGUUUAUUAAUAACUCUCUAUCGUUUAAGACCUCCAAAAAAGUUCCUAUCAACAUUACCUUAUAAAGAAAGUGAUACAUAUUUAUUGGUAUAUAAUAUAUAUACAUAAAGUUAAUAAUAAUCUAAAUAUGAAUGUGACAAAGAAGAUAAAUGUGAAUUUUUCAUCUUUGGUUGGUCUGAAAGCUGAGUUGUUAAGAAAACAAGCUGAAGUAAAUGAGGUUAAACUGAAAACUGAGCCUAUCAAUGCAUUACCACAGCUAAAUAAAAAAAGGAACAAAAGGACUAUUGCAGAAGAUACAAAAAAGAAUACAAAGGAAAUAAUAGAUCCAGAGGACAUUGUUGCCCACAAAAAAUCAAGAUUAAUGUUGGAAGCCAAAGCAAGAUUGUAUGAGAAGUUGAAGAAGUCAAAGAAUAAUAAUGAUAAGUUUCUUGUUGACUUCAAGAAUAAGAUGGAUGAAUGUGAUGAAUUUAUGGAUGAAACAAUCAAUGAAGAGUAUCCUAUAGAACCUGAGGAGAAUUGGGUGGAGUACCAGGAUUGUUUUGGUCGUACUAGAAAAUGUUUGCGGGAGGAUCUUCCACAUAUGCAAAGGAAGGAUGACAUAAUAAAGCAGGAGAUAAUGAAGAAAAAUGCUAAUAAUGAUACUAUAGAAGAAGAUAAUGAACAGUAUUCUACUAUUGAAGAAAAGGAGCCUGAAAUUGAGAUUAUGAGGCGAAAAUGGGAGGAGCAAACACAAAAACUUGCAGACAAAGCUGAUAUACAUUACCAAGAUAUACUAUUUGAUGAAGCACGAACUCAUGGUGUUGGUUACUAUGCUUUCUCGCAAGAUGAAGAGAAAAGAAUAAAACAGCAGGAGAACCUGGCGAAUUUAAGGAAAGAGACAGAGAAAAGGCAGAAAGAAAUGAAGGAGAUCAAGGAAUUGAAGGAAAGGAUGGAGCAGAAUAGGUUAAAGGCAGCAAGAAUUAGACAGCGGAUUAGAGCAGGCUUGCCAGCAGAACCUACAGAAGAAGAAUUAGUUCGAGAGAACAACUGUAUUAUCAAAACAGAUAAUAUUGAUACUAAGGAAGUUGAUGGUGAAUCUGCUGAGAAGAACAAAGACAAAUCUAGUGAAGAAACUGAUAAGAAGUCCGUUAAAGAAAGCAAUGCUAUUAUUGAGAAAGUAAUAAGUGAUGAAGAUAAGAUAAAAGCGUUUGGAGAGCUCUUGGGCAAGAAAAAUCAUUGGCAUGUUAUGUCACAAGAAGAAUGGGUACACAAAUGUAGAACACAGAGAAUCAAGGAAUUCGCGCCAGUAUAUGAUAAUUUUAGAAGUACUGGGUUUUACAAAAGUAAUCAAGAUAUUGAUGAGCAGUCUACUCACGAGGAUAAUAAGGAACUUGAAAAUGCAACAAGUAACUCUGCGAAAGCUACAUAUGAUAUUAAAGACAUUAGUACUAAUUUAGGAAAAGAUAAAAUUAGUAGUGAUAAGCUAGUUUCAAAUGCAAGAGACACUGGUAAUAGUCAGAAUGAUAAGGAAAGUUUAACACAACACAGUAAUAUCACAAUCAACAAAGAUAACACAGAAUAUGAAUUGUCUAAAAAUGUGAUGGAAUCAACGUCAAAUCUUGCUACAAAUUUACCUAAUCUAUCGCAAUCUCAGAAGCAAACUGUCUUUUAUCCAUUAUCUCACUUGCCUAACAAAUAUUCACAAGUGACUAUAUAUGACUAUUCUGAGACACACAUAGCUGAGCAGCAUGAAUUGCCAAAUACCAAGGAUAUUCCUCUACCUGGUGAAAACACUAUUAUAUGUGCAGAAUCUAGUGAUAACACCAUACACACAAGCAAACAAGAAGCAUUGUCGUAUAGUAUGAAUGAGUAUAAUAUAAUGGCUGGGCUUAAAUACUUGAGAGAAAAGUUUGAAAAAAACCACAGUAAAUAAUAUAGUUUAGUAUUAUUUCAAGGAAUUGUACAUAAUUCUUUUGUAUAAAGUUAUAUUUAAUUUACAUUACAAUAUCCAAAAUAAUUUUUAUAACAUAUUAAAUGCAAAUGUGCUCGA